UAAUUAGAACACGUCCUCAUCAUAGAAAAACUUGUAGUCAAUGUGGUGCUAUGGGUCAUACAAUUAGAAAAUGUCCCAUUAGACCACCACUAGUAAUUGGAAAUUUAAACAAUAUAAGAAAAUCUGUAAAAAAAUAUUUUGAAAAUCCAUCAUUAAAUUUAAGAUCAUGUCAAUGCUGUGGUAAAAUUAGUCAUACUCAAAGAAAUUGUUAUAGAAGAGCAAAUUGUAUUUCAAAUGCUCAACUUAAUGAAGUUAAAAAGAAAAUUGAUAAAUUUAAAAAUCAAUACAAAAUGAAUGUUUCUAGAAUACUAAAAAUACCAAGAAGACCUAGAAUUCCAAAUUAUAUUGCUGCAUGUGGUUGUUGUGAUAAUGAAAAUUAUAAUCAUAAUGAUCUUCAACCAAUACCACCAAAUAUUGGAAUUGGAUUACAACUCACACCAAAACAACCACCUUCUAUAUCAUCUAGACCUCCAUCUCCAAUUCUUCCAAGACCUGAAAAUAAUGGAAAUAAUGAAAAUAAUAAUAUUUUCCAUAAUGGAAUGG